AUGCCGGCGGCAGAGCGCACGCUCGGGCAGACGGAGCUCGACGUCACCGGGCAGGCUCCCGUCGACCGCUGCGCCGCAGCCCUCGCCGGAGACACGACCCGUCAGCAGCCCUAAAUGUUCAGCAGCAGCAGCUAUGGCCAUCCCGUCGCUGCCCCGCCUCAUCAACUCACUGCUACGCCAGCUGGGGAGGAUGGUGGGGCUUGUCUGGCGGCGCAGGUAA